AUGCAGAAGCUGCUGGAGGAUGUGCUAGAGUCGGGUGACGUGCUUGAGCUCGAGAGUGCUAUCAUCGGUGCGCAAAGCAGCAUUGUCGCCUCGCCUAAUCCUCGCCAGGUAAGCAGCCAACUCAACGAUAUCCUCCUGCGUUGCAGGAAGACGUUAGUGCUGCGCCUCGAGGAGUGCAAGCCGCUGCUGAAGCCGCUUCGCCGGGCAUGCCGGAACUUUGAUGAAGAGGCACUGACGGAUGCCCUCCACCGUGUGCACUGCGCCCCACCGGAGCUGCGGCGGUACAUGCGCACGGACAUCCGACAGGCCGAGGCGCUGCGCAGCCGCAUGCGUCAGGCAGCGGAGGAGGCGCACCGACUCAUGCAAAGCAGGGACUGGCGUGAGGUGGAUCACUUUCUCAACACCAACACCGCCAUCCUCCCCGACCGAACGGUGUUGGCGCUUAUGCAGAGACGUGAGGCACUCUUUGUGCCGCGUUGUGGGCAGCCCACAAACACCCCGUUGUGUUUGCCAGAUUUGCCUGCGCCUUCACUCUCCGAUGCCCGCUCCCAGUGGCCGGAGGAAAAGGUGAGGCCCGGCACGCAUGCCAGCCUUGCGCUGGGGGCGGUGCGGUGCGACGAGGAGAAUAGCCGCCACGAAUUGCUCGAAGAAGAGCACCACCAGCGUGUGCUUUGCUUCAAGUCGGUGAUGGAGGCUAUAGCAUUGCUGCUGGUGCCCCUCGACGGCACUCAAAUUUCAGCAGAAGAAGCAGCAGCAGCAAUAUCGAAAACACCACGCAGCGUGACGGCGGAGGUAACACCGGUGUCGCGUGAUAGGGUGAGUGCGUCGCCGUCGCGCAGCUCCCCAGACGGCGGGUGCGGUGCCCCCCCAGUGGGUGGCGCGUUGACGCCGAAGGUGUCUCCCAUCAAAUCGAGCCUUCUGGUGGAUUCCGCUGCGAGGAUGGAGCCGCGGCGACUUGUUGGGCUUAACUCCCCGUCGGCCGAGACCCGCGACAACAGCUCGAGCUACAUUGUACUGGAGGGUACCAUCACACCCUCUCUUCGGGAGCGGCAGGCUGUGGUGUCGCCAAGGGUGUGGGCGCAGGUCCGUUCUGUGAUGCGUGAGGAGGACGUGCGUCGCCACAAUAUUGAGGGCACUGAGGAUUUCGAGCGCAGCGUAUUCCUGCUGCCCAUGGCGGCGCGCAGCGCACUCCUCACUCGCAUCCUCCCGGGGCGGCGGUCAUGGCCGAGGGGGUCCUGA